AGGACUUUCGGUUCGGAGGAGGCGGUCCUCGCACCACAACAUCACUCAGUUCACGAUCCGCACGCGGUAUUCACCAGAGGCUCGUACUUGUUGAAGACUCUGUCCUUGUUCCUAGCGAGGUCCACUGUGAUGUUCCUCUGAGGAUAGCAGCGCGCUGCAGGAGGAGUGCUCCUCCUCGGCUCACAGCCCUCUCCAGCUCUUCUCCCCCCGGACUCCGCGACGCUCACGUUUUCCUGCAACAAGCCCCGAGCCUGGAGACGGAGAGAGACCCGUGGUGGGAAGGAGGCUCAGACACCUAGAUGCCAGGUGGUGGUGACACAGAGGAAUGCUGCAGGGAUAACCAUCUGACACUGAAGCCAGCCAAGCAGAGCAGUCCCUAUCUGACCAGAGAGCCUUUUCUACAGUCCUGGCCACUGUAUGAUGACCCUGGGGUCAACAUGUCCGCCCUGAACCAAGUCGUCCUCACCGAUGCGGACCAACGUGUGGAAAAUAACCUGGACUGGAGUGACAUCGAGUGGCGGGAAACAGAGCUGCCCAACGCGGUUGUAGCCAACGCCCAGACGCAGACGGAGCAGCUGCUGACGUCGGAGGCGGAGGCCCAGACCAGCCACACCGUCGUCAUGCACAUCGACCUUGAGCGGACCCCCUCCAGGCUGAGGCACGGGGCCGGGAUGGAGGCCGAGGGCCUCGGAGGGCCCCUGUUGCAGUUCGACCGGCAGGCACUGGGUCGUAUCUCCACCUCCCCCACCCUGAGGAGGAUACGCAGCAGCCGGCGGUCCCAGCCUGGGGUCCGGAUGGAGAGCACGCAGGAGGAGCCCGGCCCGGCCCCGAGAGACCCCCAGCCCCCGGCCGGCCCCGUGUCUCCUGGCCCCAGGCACAUGGUGUCCUCUCUGGCCCCCAGUCCCCUCUGUGACGGGGCCGUCCAGCUUGAGAAUGGUGCUGGGUCCUCCACCUCUUCCUCCACCGGCAGACAGAGGACCCGCUCCCAGAGGUCCAAGACCUUUGAGGACAGGACCUCCGGCCCCGGGGAGGGGUCUCCAGGCGGGACCUCCUGCCCCAGGGAGGGGUCUCCAGGUGGGACCUGCUGGUCCAGACAGGGGUCUCCAGGUGGGACCUGCUGGUCCAGAGAGGGGUCUCCAGGCCAACAUCCAACCGACUUUGAGUUCCCCUGUCAUCAAGGACAGGAGCAGGAGCCCGAUCGCACUAGGCUGCAGGAGCGGCGGCGGAGCUCGGUGGUGGUCAGCAUUCCCGGUCUGGACGUGUCCCCCGGCGACCUGUUUGUGUCUAACGGAUCCGCAGACAGGCUGAACGGUUCCGCCCUCUCUGACACGAAGAAGUCCAAAUGGCCGUUCGUACGGCGCAGCACGACCAAAGGGAAGAUCUCCAUCAGCACAGUGUCAACCAUCGAGAACCACCUGUCCUCAGCACACAUUCAAGACUGGAGGAACACAGAGUUUCAGAAAUAUAAGAACUGGUGCCUCGCGGAAUUCCUGCAGGACCAGUCCCCCCAGCUGGAGCGUCCCCCAGCCCCCCAGGGCACCAGGCGACUGGAGGCCCUGUGGGAGCUCUUCACCAGCGAGGCCGUCUACUUCCUGGACCAGCUCAUGGUUCUAAAGGAGGUGUUCCUGGCCACGCUGGAGAACCUGCAGGCCAGACAUUGUCUGGUUGACCUGGACCCCUGGAGGCUGUUUGCCAACAUCAACGAGCUAUGUCUGGUGAGCUUUGGCUUCCUCAAGAGUCUCCUGCGCGUCGUUAAGGACACCUGGGAGCUCCCUCCGGAGGGGGGCGGGGCCUGUCUGCCCGAGCUGCUGAGUCAGGCCUUCCAGGAGAGGGUAUGCCACUGCCUGCAGAAGUACUGCCUCAACUACUCAGCUGCGCUGCAGUACCUGGACUGCCUUAAGGCCAGGGAGGACUUUGGCUGUUAUCUGAAGUGGUGUGAGAGGAAGGAGCAGUGCCGGCGGCUGCAGCUGCGGGACCUUCUGGUGGCUCCCAUGCAGCGGCUGACCCGCUACCCCCUGCUGCUGCGCAACAUGGCCAAGAGGAGCGCCGGGGCGGAGGGCGCCGCCCUGCAGGCCGUGGCCGAGCAGGUGGACACCUCCAUAUGCAAUUUGGAGGGUGAGGUGAAGUGGUUGGACAACUACCAGCAGGUGAAGCAGUUGAGGGACGCUCUGGUGUGGCUGCCGGUGUGGGAGAGAGACAAGCGGGCGUUUGUACCCGAGAGUUUGAAACACCUGCUGAAGACUGUCACCUUGGAUAACCUUAUCAAUCACCGAAGCCUGUUGCAUGAUGGGAAACUCAUUGCCACAGAGAACACCAAGAUGGUGGACGUUUAUCUGUUCCUGUUUGAUGAGUUCCUCUUGAUCACCAAGAUAAAGAGAAACAAAAAGCGGUCGGCCGCCCCUGAGCAGGCUCAGAGCCCGGACCUGGACCAGCUCCUGAAGGAGGGCUGUACCUUCACCGUGGUGGACCAGCCCGUCUCUCUGGACCGCCUGCACAUGAAGAACAUCGACCAGCUCAACGCUACAGCAUCAGGACUACCUCACUCCUUUAUCCUCAUGCAUCAGAGCCGCUACCAGCAGUGUAUGGGAGCGUUCAUCCUCCAAGCGCCCUGCGACGCCGUCAAGAAAGCGUGGAUGUCCAAGAUAGAGGGCGCUGUGACGGCACUGCUGAAACUGGACUCUCAGCAGCCGCGGGUCAAGAAUGCCUCCCGGUGGCUGGAGUCCUCCCAGAUAUGAGCCCUAGAAUCAGCCCCUGAAGACCUGUUAACAUGAGCCCCUGAAGACCUGUGUUAACAUGAGCCCCUGAAGACCUGUGUUAACAUGAUCCCCUGAAUACCUGUUAACAUGAGCCCCUGAAGACCUGUUAACAUGAGCCUCUGAAGACCUGUGUUAACAUGAGCCUCUGAAGACCUGUGUUAACAUGAGCCUCUGAAGACCUGUUAACAUGAGCCCCUGAAGACUUGUUCUGACCUGUAAAUACUGGUUCUAUAACUAGAUUUGUUUUAUAAAAUAAUUGCUUGCCUUGUUUUUGUUUUGCUUCAUUUCUAGUCUCCUCAGUAACGAAAGAAACAAAGUGACAAAUAGAAUGUUUUAUUAACUUCAUGAAUAUCAACAAAAGAAAACAAGCACACCCGAACAUAAAUAACAACCAGCACAUCCACUGAGUCUGCUGGGACAAACCAGUAAAAGACCAGUAAGACCCUGCUGGGACACACCAGUGAGUCCCUGCUGGGACACACAAGUGAGACCCUGCUAGACCAGUAAGACCCGGCUGGGACAAACCCGUAAGAGCCUGCUCGCACCCCAGAACACAGGCACCCCCCAGACUAGUGGUUACUGGGGGUCCACCAGCCGACGGCGUCCCCAACACUGCGGGCCCGCUGAGAGCGCCGUUCUCGGCCCUUUGUCUUUAGCGGUGACUGUACAAUAUCGUGGUGACACCCUUCUGGGACCACAAGUGUUAUGUAUUUAAUAUAUAGCGAGCUGUUCAAUAUAUUAUGAUACUUUACAGUUAGCCUUUAAAUGAAUGAAUGGCCAUCAAGUGUAUUAACAUAGUUAGCCGUGGUUUCACACGCUGCAGUGUGUCUGAAACAGAAGUACACGACACAAAGACAUCUCUCCUCCCUGCUCAUCACAAAGCAGUCGGAAACGUGUUCUGUGAUGUUUCAAGGUUUAGAAUCCAAUCUGAGGUAGAAACAGCCAACUCAACACGAUGGGGAACGGUUGCCCUGGUUACAGCAAUAGGAGAUGGACAUCUGUAUUCUGAGGAAUUUUAGCAUUAAGAUGUUAAGCAUCACGUACAUCACGGACGAUUAUUGGUAAAAUGCUAAAAAGUGACCUGUGAACACAGUUCUGCUGGACGACUACAGAUCAACCAGGACCCCGUUCUGUGAAAAAAUGAAUGACCGCAUUGGAUUAUUUCGUGUUCCGUGUCACAAUGUACAAUACUUUACCAACCCAGCGGACACGGUGAAGGGGCGGCCAUAUUGGAUCCGAAGAAGCAGACGACACGGCAUUCCCUAAUUUAUAACAUCCUGUUUUCCUACCAAUAACCAGUCCUACAGCAACGUCUCACACACACACACACAGUUGGAUUUGAGUUGGGUAGCGAAAAUAAAAUAAUUCAAUGUGUUAUUCGUGUUCAGACACAAACACAUUGUUCAGAAUGAAGCACCAUGAUAUGAGUGUUAAUAUUAAUCAAUAGGACGAGUAGGAGUUUGCACAAGUU